UAUGUCUGCAGAGCAGGGGCGGGGGCCCGGUGAUCGGGGCCCGGGGCCACGGACUGGGGACUGAGAUUGAAGUCCUGAGACUGAGAUACCGCGGAAUCGUAGACAGUCAUCCAGUUCAGCUCAGACGGCGCUUCGGGGCGGGAGCAGAUCGAGAAGGUGAAGGACCACUGCGGAUCCGACAGCGCGUCCCAGCACCUUGGACUUGCACCCUCCUGAACUGGGGAAAAUCUGAGGAAACCAAGCAGGGACCUUGGAGACGCCGCCUGCAUUCUCAACAGCCUGGAAAUCCAGUCACCUUGGUACCUCCUCGCUGCUUCCCAGGCACUUCGGAGGGGCAGGAGCUGACAGCUGGCUGACAGAAAGCUCGCCCAGGGAGAGAGGAGACAAAAAUCAAGUAUGGAAUUAGGAAUAAUGUUUUCAGAAUAGACCCACGAGUUGGGACCCACACUGCCAUCUGAAGUCCUCCACCCCAAGUUUCAGGUGUCGAUUUCUGACUUUUGAAGAUGGAUGAAGGCACAGAAGUUUCCACUGAUGGAAAUUCCUUAAUCAAGGCUGUGCAUCAGAGCCGGCUUCGCCUCACAAGACUUUUGCUAGAAGGUGGUGCCUACAUCAAUGAGAGCAAUGACCGUGGAGAAACACCUUUAAUGAUUGCUUGUAAGACCAAACACAUCGACCAGCAGAGCGUAGGUAGAGCCAAGAUGGUUAAAUACCUUCUAGAGAACAGUGCUGACCCCAACAUCCAGGACAAAUCCGGGAAAAGCGCUCUGAUGCACGCAUGCUUAGAAAGGGCUGGCCCGGAGGUGGUUUCCUUGCUCCUCAAGAGUGGGGCGGACCUCAGCUUGCAGGACCAUUCUGGUUACUCAGCUCUGGUUUAUGCUAUAAAUGCAGAAGACAGAGAUACCCUGAAAGUCCUUCUUAGUGCUUGCCAGGCUAAAGGGAAAGAGGUCAUUAUCAUAACGACAGCAAAGUCACCCUCUGGGAGGCACACCACGCAGCAGUACCUCAACAUGCCUCCUGCAGACAUGGAUGGGAGCCAUCCACCAGUCACGCCUUCAGAAAUUGACAUCAAAACCGCCUCGAUGCCACUCUCAUAUUCUUCGGAGACGGACCUGACACUUUUUGGCUUUAAAGAUAAGGAGUUUUCUGGAAACAGUGAUAAUACCUGGGACCCGGACUCUCCUGGGCGGAAGCCUGUGAUGACCCCUAACGGGCCCAAGCUAUCCCAGGUUGGGCCAGGCUGGAUCAAGAAUCCCCCAUCAUUAAAGCACCAAGCCAGAGUGGCCUCCUUGCAGGAGGAGCUCCAAGAUAUCACUCCAGAGGAGGAAACAGCCUACAAGACCAACGCGCUGGCACUGUCCAAGCGCUUUAUCACCAGGCACCAGAGCAUCGAUGUUAAAGACACCGCACACUUGCUCAGGGCCUUUGACCAGGUCAACUCAAGGAAGACGUCAUAUGAUGAAAUAAAUUACCACUCUUUGUUUCCGGAAGGAAACCAGCCAUGCAUGGAAAUUCCCGCUGACCAAGACCCGGACCCUAGCCAGACCCUCUUUGCCUCCACUUUAAGAAGUAUAGUUCAAAAGCGAAACUCGGGGGCCAGUCACUACAGCUCCGAUUCUCAGCUCUCAGAUGGUGUUCCGCCUCCGAACCUAGAAGAGGGCAAAGCUGGAAAGAAAAAGAUCUUUGCGCCAUCUCCUUCCUUGCUAACAGGGUCCAAAGAAUUAAUGGAGACUGUCCCUCCGGGCCCCCUGAGCAGGAGGAACCACGCGGUUUUAGAAAGGCGGGGUUCUGGAGCGUUCCCCGUUGAUCACAGCCUCGGGCAGAGUAGACCCGGCUUUCUGCCGCCCUUAAAUGUAAAUCCUCACCCUCCUAUCACAGACAUCGGUGUCAACAGCAAGAUCUGCAGCCUGCUUUCUUGCGGCCAAAAAGCGCUUAUGCCAACUGUUCCUAGUUUCCCGAAGGAAUUCAAAAACAAAAAGAUGUUGUUAAGACGACAGUCUCUGCAGACAGAACAAAUUAAGCAGUUAGUAAAUUUUUAA